AUGACCUCACCUCAGACAGGCCCAUCUCCAAAAGUUAGUGUCACUGUCAACAAUGUGCCGGUCACUUUCAUAAUCGACACAGGUGCAACAGUGUCAAUUGUUGGCGAAAAUGACUUUGAGAGCUAUCGGCUAAAGGUGAAACUUCAGGAAACAUCCGUCAGAGUGUUCCCAUACAAAGCAACAUCUCCGCUUGAACUUCUAGGCAAAGUCUCCGUCACAAUGAGAUACAAAGAUAACUGCAUUGAAGAAGACAUCUUUGUCAUUCGAGGAAACUGUGCACCACUCUUAAGCUUCACAGCAGCAUCCAACCUGGGGCUUGUCCAGAUCACAUACCAAGUUAAUGAGCAUCAAGGUGACAAGUCAAUCGUGGAAGCAUUCCCCAAGUUGUUUAGUGGAGUUGGAAAACUCAAAAACCACCACAUUCAUCUUUUUGUGGACGACACUGUCCCACCGGUUGCACAACCACACAGGCGUAUUCCGUUUGCCUUACGUGACGCCACAGAGAAAGAACUUGAACGCCUCCUGUCAGAAGACAUCAUUGAGCCAGCCAUAGGACCUACACCGUGGGUGUCCCCUGUGGUUAUUGUGCCUAAACCGCAUCAGCCUGAUGAAAUUCGAAUCUGCAUUGACAUGCGUGUUGUGAACACUGCCAUUCAACGGGAACGACAUUUGUGCCCAACAGUGGAUGACAUCAUUGUUGCCUUAAAUGGAGCAACAAUGUUCUCCAAUCUUGACUUAAAGAAUGGAUAUCAUCAGUUGGAACUUGACCCUUCCUCAAGGCAACUCACCACGUUCUCAACACAUGUUGGCUUGUUUCGCUACAAACGACUGAACUUCGGCAUCAGCAGUGCAGCUGAAAUUUUUCAGAACACCAUACGCCAAGUGCUCAAUGGCAUCCACAAUGUCCUGAAUGUUAGUGAUGAUAUUCUUGUUUUUGGGCAAACAAAACAGGAGCACGACUUGUCCUUGGAAGCCGUUCUGCAGCGACUCCAAGAAGCUGGAUUGACACUGAAUGAAAAGAAGUGUCACUUUCAUCAACGUGAACUGAACUUCUUUGGACUUCAUUUUUCAGCUGAUGGCGUUCGCCCUGAUCCUAAGAAGAUAGCAGCCUUCCUACAGAUUAAAACACCGGAAUCACCACAAGAAGUGAAGAGCCUGCUAGGAAUGAUAAACUAUUCAGGCAGAUUUCUGAAAAAUCUUGCUGACCUCACACAGCCUUUACGUGAACUGACACUGAAGGAUGUUGUCUGGGAGUGGACAAAACGACAGCAAAAUGCGCUUGAGAGCCUAAAGCAAGCCAUGUCCGAUGCCUCCACCCUUGCUUACUUUGACCCAUCCAAACCGACAGAAUUGGUGGUAGAUGCAAGUCCACAUGGACUGGGUGCUAUCCUUACACAGCGUGACAGUGAAAACAUUGCAGUGAUAGCUUAUGCAAGUAGAGUGCUUACACCAGUUGAAAGUCGCUACUCCCAAAUUGAACGUGAGAUGCUCGCAGCUGUAUGGGCCAUGGAGCACUUCCGUCUUUACCUUUGUGGAGUCAACUUCCUUUUGCUGACUGAUCACAAGCCUUUAGUGAGCAUACUGGGAAACCCAAGAUCAUCACCAUCUGCCCGCAUUGAGCGCCUUGCUCUACGCAUUCAACAGUACAAGUUUGUUGUACAACACACUGCAGGAAGUAGUAACCCUUCCGAUUACCUUUCCAGGCAUCCAGUUCCUGAAACGAAAAUGUGUGCCCGCAUCGACAAAGUACCUAAUGAGUAUGUCAACUUUAUCCAGCGCCACAACAUCCCAAAGGCCUUCUCGGUUCAAGAAGUCGCUGAUGCAACGAAAGCAGACCAGCAGCUACAGUCACUUAUCAGUGCUAUCCAGCACCCCACACUCGCCAGCUGGGUCUCAGCUGAAAUGAAGCCAUUUGCAUCCAUAAAAACAGAACUAACAACAACGCCCGAGGGCAUCGUCCUUCGAGGAACACGCCUAGUUCUUCCCGCUACUCUGCAGAAACAAGCAGUGCUGCUUGCUCACAAGGGCCAUCAAGGGAUUGUGAAAACAAAACAAAUGUUAAGAGAAAAAGUGUGGUUCCCAGGCAUGGAUAAACUCGUGCACACUUUGAUUAAAAGCUGCCUACCACGUCAAGCAGCUGUUCCCCAAGCAAAGCAAGAACCACUUGCCAUGACGGAACUACCCAGUGGUCCCUGGGAAGAAGUAUCAGUCGACUUUUGUGGUCCCUUCCCAGAUGGAAAGUACGCUAUGGUGGUGUUAGAUGACUUCUCACGAUACCCAGUGGUACAAGUCAUACACUCCACAAGUGCAAACCAUGUGCUUCCCUCCUUACGACAAGUGUUUUGCCAGUUUGGAAUCCCUGCACAGGUAAAAAGUGACAAUGGGCCACCAUUCCAAGGCAAAGAGUUUGCUGCAUUCGCAAAAGAAUUAGGAUUUCGGCAUCAUCGGAUCACACCUUUGUGGCCUCAAGCUAAUGGCGAAGCUGAGCGGUUCAUGAGAACAUUGAAAAAGCAUGUUCACACUAGUCAGCUUGAGAACAUAGAUUGGAAAGUAGAGCUCGACACUUUCCUGAUGUCAUACAGGUCUUCAAGACACUUAACUACAGGAAGAUCACCGUAUGAACUGCUGUUUGGCAGACCGAUGAGAAAUCUUCUGCCUUGCUAUGUUGAAGCUGCUUCGGAAACGGAAGACAUAACAAAGUUCAAAACAACUGUGCUCGAGAAAAGGGCAUACAACAAACAACAUGCUGAUGCACGAAGGCAUGCUCAACCACACCGCUUCUGUGUCGGUCAGCGAGUUUUGUGCAAGCAAGACAGACACGACAAGUUCACUUCGUACUAUGAUCCAGACCCUUAUACCAUUGUCAGCAUUCAUGGAUCACAAAUCAAGGCAUCGAGAGGAAAUAGAGUAAUAACACGCAACUCAAGUUUUUUCAAAGAUGCCUCUGGCCUUAAACAAGCACCAGCCAGAACAUCAUUUGACUGUGAUGACAUCAUAUAUCCUCUACCCACCUCAGUGCCGGCUCCUGCACCACCUGCAUUGCACCAGAGUUCUCCAAGAGAGCGCUACCCAAAGAGAAACAGAAAGCCUCCACGCCAUCUUUCUGAUUUCGCAACCUGA